AAUAAACAGUGCACAUGGAAACAGAAUGAAGGUCUAUCGGAAAAAAUAAUUGGAACGUCAUGUCUAGCAAGAAAUCGCUUCCGGAAAAAUACUUGGUGCAGUUCGAUAGCAAAGAGACGUCAGUUGAAGAGCACUGCGGACUGUGACUGUUUCGAUUUUGCGACAGUACGAAUGCACUUUAGACCAGUCGAUGUGACCCUUGAACACUUGGCUGAACAGUGGUUGUCAAACUGUAGUCUGUGGACCACUGGUGGCCUUUUGCAGGAGAACAGGCCAGAACUCUCACCCCAUUGUUCAGGAGCCAGCUACCGACCAAUAUAACGUCAAGAUUUGGGGCUGAAAUGAAGAAGACGAACUGACUGAAUGUGGUCCCUGGCAAAAUUCUUUGAGGAGAGAACCAUUACUCUUGAAAUAAUAUCGAGCGUGAGGUUUGGUUUUUGUAAAUGGCCUUGUAAACCUCUGUUGCCACUUUAGUGAGUUAAGUAUUUUCUCCCAGAUUCCUACUUUAAAAAUAAUAUGCGACUUCCUAUUUUCAACUUUUAUCAACAAGCUUCAGUUACAAUUAAACUGAGGAUUGAUCCGACCAUCUUUGCUAUUAGCCCUCCUGGUAAUGGUUGAACAUUCUUACAAUAAUGAGUGUAUUUGGGUUCAGAUGCCCAUUAACUGCAUGGACCAGCUCUCAUAUGUUUUAUCUUUGUGAACUGAGCAGGAAAAAUCUGCUUCUUAAUUUGAAUGUAUGCUGUACGUUUGUAGAUAGUGUGCAAGAACUCUUUUUGGCAUCUGUUGCAAGUUUGCUUACCUGAAAAUGAACUUGAAGGUCUCCCCACAUUCUCACUCCAGCUUGCCUCAUUCGGUGCUCCCCAUGUGUUCCAGCUGGUGUUAACACAAUGAAUCAAUUUUCACUGACAUCUAACCUAAAUAAUUACGAUGUUGAACAUUCAAUUCUGUUGUCCUUUAUCCUGGCCUGAGUAAACACUUGAAUUAGCAAUAUUGACUAAUUGUCCUUUUGAAUGUUCCUGUCAAAGAAUAAGAGUUUCUGCAAAACAGGACUUUGGAGUAUUAUUGCGACCAUGCAUGAAUUUCCACAAACGACCACUUAAUGUUCAACUAACAAUGUCCAAGGACAAUGCUUGUUCCUGUGGCAUAUCUCUGUUAUUUGCUGUUCUGCCUCCAGGAAUGGCUGAUAAAUGGACCUUCUAGCCAAGAGCACAACCACAUGUUGCUAACAGGUUUUUAGAACUGAUACUGGAAUAAGCACCUGGAACCUUUUUUUAAAGCAUGAAAAUAUUUGACAAGAUUUGCAAACGAGAGGAAGAGGCAAAUUCUGCAAGACGCCUAGCUAAAUAUUAUGGGUCGAAUCUUUCCAGGCUCUUACUGACUUGGACAAUGACUCCAGUUUUGCCUUCCGAACCGCUCCCGGAGGAUUUGGCAUCUAGGUGACCUCCCCGAAAGAUAACAAAGAGAUGAGAAAAAAAAUGCAAAUAGCUUACCUGCUUCCCAACUUUAUUGGGUGAAGGAUAACCGUUACCCAGCCAACCACUCGCGUCCGCUCUGGGACUCCUCCGCUGAACAACUGAACGCCGCAGUCACGUGAGCCGCCAGCCAUGGAAAACUUGCAGUCUGUUAAUCCGGAGUUGACCACCGGAGGGAGCUUUUAUAUCCGUUUUCUGAAUUUGAAGUCAAUCCCAGUGGCUUGUCUCUACAUUGCAAUGAUCAUCUUCUCCACCUACUGGCAGAAGUAUACAAAACCUCUGGAGUUGCAGAAGAUCCUAUUAGUCUAUAAUAUGGCCUGUAGCAUCAUGAGCCUGUACAUCACUCUGCUGUUCCUGCGUGGUCUUAGCAUCACAACUUCCAUAUUUCAAAAGGAGUUCUUUCCAGAAUUGUACCAUGCUUACUUUAUGUAUUGGGUAAUAAAAAAUGUGGAGCUGCUUGACACGGUCUUCAUGAUCUUAAGACAUCGCAAGCGUCAGAUCUCCUUCCUACAUGUCUACCAUCAUUGCAGCAUGCUGGUUCUUAGUGACCUGACGUACCAUUACUACCCAUGGCCAGCCAUUGCUCCUUUCCUUACAUUUAAUUCAUUCAUUCAUGUCAUCCUGUAUUUCUACUAUGGGCAGAGUGCCUUGAACCCUAUCGAACGACCUGCAUGGAAGAAAAAAAUGACUCAGUUACAAAUCCUCCAGUUUCUUUUGGACUUGAUUCUUGCAAUAUGGGGGUAUCUCUUUCAUGGAUUUUGUAUUUACAGUAUACUGUAUGGUUUGACAAUGCUGGCACUGUUCUUAAACUUUUAUCGCAAGGCUUUUAAUUCCAAAAAAGCAACGUAACUGUACUUACAAUUGUAAAAUCUGAUUUGGAUAUUAUUUCCAUUCCUGUAAUUAUAAUAGCAUGAUUUAGAGUCUGGCACAGUGUUAAAAUUUGAAUUGUUUUUAAAGUGUAAUUGUUGAAAAUGAAGUAAAUAGAAUUUGAUGUGCUUCAACAAAUAAAAUA